AUGUCGAAAUUAGUGGAACAUACAAGUGAAGAAGAAGAGAAAGUUUAUCAACUGGUAGAUUGUCACGGAGAUGGUAUUUUGAUGCCAUGGAUUAAAUAUGCUCGGCAAACAAAUGAUUACGGCGUAUUGGAUGAAUACCUAGAAACGGUUGUGAAGUCAUUUUUGUACAACGGUGGUAAAGGAAAACUGAUUUCAAUAUCAGAACUGGUCAUGAUUCGAAAUAAACAACGAAACGCCAUGUUAAGUGCGUUACUUCGCAAGAAAGGUCGAGGAAAAUGUGGUCCUAAUAUAUUGGAUGAUAUUAAUCAAGAAGGUCUUCAAAAAGGUGAUGUCAUUAAAGCCAUAAAAAUACUUGACGGAUGUAUAAAAGACAAUCGUAGCAUGAAGUAUCGAGAGCUUAUUUGGGAUAUUACUCUCAGAGGUCUUUCGCCACUGCAUCAAGCCAUUGUAAACGAAGAUAUUGAGAUGGUAUACUUUUUAUUGAAAAAUAAUGCCGAUGUUCAUCAACGAUGUUAUGGAUCAUUCUUUUGUGCCGAUGACCAGAGAGCAUCUCGAACUGAUUCACUCGAACAUGAAUGGGUUGACGUUGUCCAGAAUACUCGAUAUACUGGAAGCAUGUACUGGGGUGAAUACCCAUUAUCAUUCGCGGCAUGCACCAAUCAACACGACUGUUUUCGUUUACUUCGUGCCUUUAAUGCCGAUCCAAAUAUGCGUGAUACGAACGGCAAUACAGUUCUGCAUCUCGCUGAAAUGUUUACUUUGGCAUACAAUCUUGGUGCUAAGCUUGACGUAAGAAAUGAGCAAAAACUUACACCCAUGGCACUCGCUGCAAAACUUGCCAAAAAAGAGAUGUUUGAUUUGAUACUUGAAAUUGAAAGCGAUGUUUUGUGGAAUUAUGGACAAGUCAAAUGUACGGCUUUCCCGUUGGGUGAUAUCGAUUCUGUGAACGAACGCACUGGACAUUUAAAUCACGCAUCAGUGCUUCCACUUGAUAAAAGUCGACAUCUGGAUUUCUUAGAUGGAUUGUUGGAAGACUUGUUAGAAGCAAAAUGGAAUGCUUUCGGUAGAAAAAAAUUUUUAAUCUCACUCGCCAAUUACAUUGUUUAUGUGCUGUCAUUUUAUAUUGCGUUCAUGACUCGUAGAUUUGCCGUAAACAAAAAUGCUACGGAACAAUGGCCGGACCAAUUCAUGGCCAACGAAAAUAUGUCGGAUGAUUGGGCUUUAUCGUACGAGAAGCCCUCAAUGAUUGAAAUUGUGUGGGAAGUGAACUCAGAGGCAGAACAGUGUCACUUAUGGCGAUACGAUAACCACGAUACGACAUAUUCGCAAACAAUCCGCUUAACGUGCGAGUGUAUCAUUUUGAUAUUAGCUUUAACGCAGUCAUUCCAAGAGGUCAUCGAUAUACGCCGCAGUGGACAUAAACGUUGGUGGCGAGUUAUGAGCGCAUUUCCAAGUGAACUGCUGCAUAAGUUGUCAUUUGCGAUGGUACUCUUAAUCGUAGUGGUUCGAUAUGCGUGUAGUUUACACCCAAUGACAGUUCUCAUCGAAAACUUCCUCGCCAUUAUCGCAGUUCUAACGACGUCAAUGCAUUUUCUCUUUUAUUGCAGAGGUGUUAAAUUUGUUGGACCGUUCGUGCUUAUGGUCUAUAAGAUCAUUGUUGGCGAUAUUUUACGCUUCUUUCUUAUUUAUCUAAUUUUCGUCAUAGGCUUUUCGCAAGGUUAG